AACGACAACAAUCAAACUGGUUAUUCAUUUAUUCAUUUAUAGUCAUUUUGAAUAGCAUACGAUAAUCAGGUUGUUGCAACAAAUAAAAACAAUUCUGGUAACAAAAUGACAAUUGUAGAAUUUUUCUUCGACAUUCGAUCUCCAUUUUCAAGAGUUCAACAUGAAUUACUUCAACGACAAUUGGGUCAUUGGAAAUCGAUGACACAAUUACGGAUGACACCUGUUUUGAUUCGAAAAAUGUUUGAAGCAUCUGGUAAUCCAUCGCCAGCAUUAAAUCCUGCAAAACUAACAUAUUUGUCUCGUGAUUUGGCUAUGGUCACCGAUUAUUAUAAGAUGGAUUUUACUCUUCCAAAAGAUUUUCGCAAAUUUGCCACCGAAAUGCCAUUGGAAAAUACGCAACUAUUUUUGACCGCUAUACAGAAUCAUUUGGAUGAAGCUACAUUUAAUCGUUUGGUGGGCGUCAUUUUUCGCAGUUAUUUUCAUGAACCACCAGAACAUGUCUGGAAAGUUGAUGUUCUUAAACAAUUGGCCAUCAAUGAUGGAAUAGCUUCCGAUAUUGUGGAAAAAGCUAUCAAUGUAAUGAAAAGCGAUGAAAAUCAAGCUAAAUUGCAACAAAACAAUGAUAAUUGUGCUAAACUUGGUGCAUUCGGAUUGCCUGUAACAUUAGUACAUUCCGAUAAUAAUAAAGAUACAUGGGUUUUUGGUUCGGAUCGUAUGCACAUUGUUGGUCGUUUGUUGGGAGAAAAAGAACCACCCAUUCUUUUACCUUAAUUUUUUGAAAAAUAAAAAUGAUUUGUUUUAAAUAAAAAAAAAA